GAGGCGGAAUUGGGGUCUGCUCUAAGCUGCAGCAAGAGAAACAGUGUGUGAGGGGAAGAGGCCGGAUUCGCUCCAGGGUCUCUAGUUCUUGCACGCUCUUUAAGAGUCUGCACUGGAGGAACUCUACCAUUACCAGCUCCCUUCUUGCAGAAGGGAGGGGAAAACAUACAUUUAUUCAUGCCAGUCUGUUGCAUGAAGGCUUUUUGGCUUCCUACCUUGCAACAAAAUAAUUACACAAACUCCUUAGUGCCGAUUCCGCCCACAGAGUCCUGGAGCCAGUCUCUUUUGCUUUGCAUUGUAAGAAAGGCACUAAGUGAUACAGACGAUGUCGCUUUCCUGAGCUCCCGAGAGCGCUAGUGAACUGGAAUCAACUGCUUCAGGGGAAGAGAGAAAAAAAAAAAGACUUGCCUGGGAGGCGGCGAGAAACUUGCCUUGGAAGCUUCAGCAACCAGCCUUCAAGAAACUCCUCUCCACUUUAGCACGGUCUCCAGACUCGGAGCCAAGAGACAGAGCAAACUGCGGCGCGGUGAGAGAGAGAAAGAGGGAGGGAGAGACUCACCAGCCUGGGAACUAUAACUCCUCUGCAAGAGGCGCAGGACUCCUUCCCCUCCGCUUUGGGAGACUUUCCUCUCGCCCACCUUCCGCCCCGACCGGGAGUGGAGGGGCCCGCUCGGCCGCCGCGAGCGUCCUCCCGCUCGGCGUGCGCUCGGCCGGGAGGGCCCGGCGAUCGUGCUGCCGCCGCCGCGAGGCUGUGAGCGCGCGUGGGCGCUCGCCGAGCCGGGGCCAUGGUGCAGCAGACGAACAACGCCGAGAACACGGAAGCGCUGCUGGCCGGCGAGAGCUCGGACUCGGGCGCCGGCCUCGAGCUGGGCAUCGCCUCGUCCCCCACGCCCGGCUCCACCGCUUCCACGGGCGGCAAGGCCGACGACCCGAGCUGGUGCAAGACGCCCAGCGGGCACAUCAAGCGGCCCAUGAACGCCUUCAUGGUGUGGUCGCAGAUCGAGAGGCGCAAGAUCAUGGAACAGUCGCCCGACAUGCACAACGCCGAGAUCUCCAAGCGGCUGGGCAAACGCUGGAAGCUGCUCAAAGACACCGACAAGAUUCCUUUCAUUCGGGAGGCGGAGCGGCUGCGCCUCAAGCACAUGGCUGACUACCCCGACUACAAGUACCGGCCCAGGAAGAAGGUGAAGUCCGGCAACGCCAACGCCAGCUCCUCGGCCGCCGCCGCCUCCAAGCCGGGGGAGAAGGGCGAUAAGGUCGGUGGCAGCGGCGGGGGCGGCCACGGGGGCGGCGGCGGGAGCAGCAGCAGCAGCGCGGGGGGCGGAGGCGGCGGCGCGAGCGGCGGCGGCGCCAACUCCAAACCGGCGCAGAAAAAGAGCUGUGGCUCCAAGGUGGCGGGCGGCGGGGGCAGCAAGCCGCACGCCAAGCUCAUCCUGACGGGCGGCGGCGGCGGCGGGAAAGCGGCGGCCGCCUCCUCCUUCGCCGCGGAGCAGGCGGGGGCUGCCGCCCUGCUGCCCCUGGGCGCCGCGGCCGCCGACCACCACUCGCUGUACAAGGCGCGGACUCCCGGCGCCGCGGCCUCUGCGGCGGCCUCGGCCCCCGCCUCGCUCGCCGCCGCGGGCAAGCCCCCGGCCGAGAAGAAGGUGAAGCGGGUCUACCUGUUCGGCGGUCUGAGCGCGGCGGCGGCGUCGCCCGCGGGCGUGGGCGCGGCCGCCGAUCCCAGCGACCCCCUGGGCCUGUACGAGGAGGGGGGCCCGGGCUGCCCGCCCGACGGGCCGAGCCUCAGCGGCCGCAGCAGCGCCGCCUCGUCGCCCGCCGCCGGCCGCUCGCCCGCCGAUCACCGCGGCUACGCCAGCCUGCGCGCCGCCUCGCCCGCGCCGUCCAGCGCGCCCUCGCACGCGUCCUCGUCGGCCUCGUCCCACUCCUCGUCGGCCUCCUCCGCGGGCUCCUCGGCCUCCGACGACGAGUUCGAGGACGACCUGCUCGACCUGAACCCCAGCUCAAACUUUGAGAGCAUGUCCCUGGGCAGUUUCAGCUCGUCGUCGGCGCUGGACCGGGACCUGGACUUCACCCUGGAGCCGGGCUCGGGAUCGCACUUCGAGUUCCCGGACUACUGCACGCCCGAGGUCAGCGAGAUGAUCUCGGGGGACUGGCUCGAGUCCAGCAUCUCCAACCUGGUCUUCACCUACUAACGGCGCGCGCUGGAGAGGUGGGCCGGGGUGACCGAGGGAGAAAAGGUGGACAGGGAGAGUAGAAAGAAGAAAAGUGGAGGGAAAACAGAAAAAGGAAAAAAAAGAAGAAAAACAAAGAAGAAGAAUUAGAAGUGAUGAGCGCGGCCGGUUUGCCCGCCUCGGGGUCGCCGAAGAGGAGCGCGCACGGCGAUUGGGGACCCACGCUCCCAUCCCCCACCCCUCCGGGGACGCGGUGGAGCCGAGGGAGACGGGCCACCUUUUAUUGUUGUUGUUGAUGUUGUUGUGAUGGCAAAAAAAAAAAAGCUCCUUUGAAUGUCCUCCCCUUUGCGUGAAGAGACACCCCCAUCCCAUUCCCCCCCCCGUCCCCCCCCCCCCCCCGGGCUUCCGGACUCGUCUGCGCCUCUGAGAAGCCGAGUUGGGAAUUGUCUGGAGACUGGAGGAAUCUCGCCCCUCUCUCUUCGCCCCGUUAGUGAUUUUAUUUUUUGUCGUUUUGUUUCUUGAUCAAGAGAGGAGUGGGGGGGAGGGGGGAAUAAAAAUAUCCAGCGCGCCUCUGGGGACUUUGUCCUUAGCACUCCGCGCCCCCCCCCCAACCCCCACUUUUCCUGAAGAAGACAAGGCGGGGAGGCGAGUUUGACCGAUGGCAGAUGUUUGGGGGCCGCGCUGGCUCCAGAGCCAGGACUGAGACUCCAUGCUGGCCAAUGCCCGUCUUUUUUCCUCUUUUUUUUUUUUUUUUUGCCCCCCUUGCUCCUGCAGCCGGAGGAGAUGGGGAGUGACCGGCGCUCGGACAUGACCCGAGAACCUGGUUGGAAGAAGCAGGGGCGGGGGCGACCAGGACAAGAACUGGAAAGGGGCGCGUAACAAACUGAGACGGAUUUGCACGUUGGGGAGAAGGCGGCGGCGGCUCCGGGGGCCCCCGCCUUCCACGUGGAUGAAACCAGCGAGGGGACCUCCCGCGCCCGCGGGAGGAGAGGCGACUGUUGGCUGCGGUCCCGGGCAGUGGAGGGCGAGUGGUUUCGGGGGGGAAAAAGGUUUUUUUCUUCUCUUAAUUGGAAUCGUGAUGGUGUUGGAUUAUUUCACUGGUGGGGUUACUAUAGCAUGUUCUCCUGUCUAUCUUUUAAAGAUUUCUGUAUGAGACUGUUGAGCAGUUUUUGAAAUAGUGUAGGAUAAUAUAAAAAGCAGAUAGAUGGCGCUCUGUUUGAUUCCUACAACAAAAUUAUCACCAGCUUUUUUUCAUUCUUAACUGUUUAAAGGAUUCAAACGCAACUCAAAUCUGUGCUGGACUUUUAAAAAAUACAAUUCAGGACCAAAUUUUUUCUCAGUGUGUAUGUGUUUAUUCCUUCUAGGUGUAAAUGAGAAGACGUGUUUUUUUUUUCCCCUCACCGAUGCUCCAUCCUCGUAUUUCUUUUUCUUGUAAAUGUAAUCAGAUGCCAUUUUAUAUGUGGACGUAUUUAUACUGGCCAAACAUUUUUUUUUCUUAUUUUUGUCCCUUUUUUUUUCUUUCUUAUUUUACUUAUUCCUUCCUUUUUCUAUUUUUUUUCUUUUGUUCUUUCUUUUUUUCCUUUUUUUUCUUUUUUGUAGUUGUUGUUACCCACGCCAUUUUACGUCUCCUUCACUGAAGGGCUAGAGUUUUAACUUUUAAUUUUUUAUAUUUAAAUGUAGACUUUUGACACUUUUAAAAAACAAAAAAAGACAAGAGAGAUGAAAACGUUUGAUUAUUUUCUCAGUGUAUUUUUGUAAAAAAUAUAUAAAGGGGGUGUUAAUCGGUGUAAAUCGCUGUUUGGAUUUCCUGAUUUUAUAAUAGGGCGGCUGGUUAAUAUCUCACAGUUUUAAAAAAAUCAGCCCCUAAUUUCUCCAUGUUUACACUUCAAUCUGCAGGCUUCUUAAAGUGACAGUAUCCCUUAACCUGCCACCAGUAUUCACCCCUCCACCCCAGUCUUAUGAAAAGGGGAGGAGAAUUAGCCAAACACUGUAUGCUUUUAAGAAAAACACAUUUUUUUAAACAGAAUACUGUUCUGUGCAAAGGCUUUAAAACUGGUGCAUUUACAGCAAAAAGGGAUCCUGUAGCUUUAAUUUGUAAACCACAUCUUUUUUGCACUUUUUUUAUAAGCAAAAACGUGCCGUUUAAACCACUGGAUCUAUCUAAAUGCCGAUUUGAGUUCGCGACACUAUGUACUGCGUUUUUCAUUCUUGUAUUUGACUAUUUAAUCCUUUCUACUUGUCGCUAAAUAUAAUUGUUUUAGUCUUAUGGCAUGAUGAUAGCAUAUGUGUUCAGGUUUAUAGCUGUUGUGUUUAAAGAUUGAAAAAAGUGGAAAACAUCUUUGUACAUUUAAGUCUGUAUUAUAAUAAGCAAAAAGAUUGUGUGUAUGUAUGUUUAAUAUAACAUGACAGGCACUAGGACGUCUGCCUUUUAAGGCAGUUCCGUUAAGGGUUUUUGUUUUUAAACUUUUUUUUUUUUUUUUUUUGCCAUCCAUCCUGUGCAAUAUGCCGUGUAGAAUAUUUGUCUUAAAAUUUUAAGGCCACGAAAACAAUGUUUGGGGGGAAAGAAAAAAACCAUGCCAGCUAAUCAUGUCAAGUUCACUGCCUGUCAGAUUGUUGAUAUAUACCUUCUGUAAAUAACUUUUUUUGAGAAGGAAAUAAAAUCAGCUGGAACUGAACCCUAAA